AUCACUGAAAUUUAAAGUAAUCUCAGAAGUACGACGGCUGUUUGUUGCGCUGUUUAGUCGAAUAGGUCGUGACUGUAAAGAUGGCUGAAGAUGCUGAAGAGUGUCUUUUGGUGCAGAGGUCGGGCGCUGAUCCUGCUCUGUUAGCCGGCCUCAGAGCGCUUCGGACCCUGGCGGCCGUGGAGAAAAGCAGCCGGCUGUCGGUGCACUUUGACACAGUCCAGACAGACAUUCAGCCGUUUAUGAGGAGGAUUCUGGUAGUGUGGAUGCUGCAGGUGUGUGAGGAGCAGAAAUGUGAGGAGGAUGUGUUUCCACUGGCGGUGCACCACUUGGAUUCAUACCUGAGCCGUUUUGCUAUUGAAAAGUUCAGUUUACAGCUUUUAGGAGCUGUUUGUUUGUUUGUGGCCUCAAAACUGAGAGAGACGGUUCCACUGACAGCCAGCAAGCUUUGUGUUUACAUGGACAACUCCAUCUCAGUGUCUGACAUCUUGCAGUGGGAGGUGUCUGUGGUGUCCAGGCUAGACUGGUAUCUUGCAUCUGUGGUGCCUUCCGACUUUCUGGAGCCAAUUCUUCAUGCUCUACCCUUUGUUGGCCCUCACCACUUUAAAAACAUGCGCAGGCAUGUCCACACCUUCAUUGCUGUGGCAGCCAUAGAUUGCCAGUUUUCAGUGUUCCUGCCCUCCAGUGUUGCAUGUGCAUGUGUGACUGCUGCCAUACAGCGGUUGAAGUUACUGCAUGACGCCGAUUCCGCUGACUUAGUGAUGAAGUUUUUGGCUAACCUUUUGGCCAUUGAUCUGAAUUCUCUGGUCCUGUGCUUCGUGCAGCUGUCGGGUGUGUUGGAAAUCACUUUGCCCUCUUGUUUCCUGGCUCAUGUCGGAAGCACAAGAGGCUCAGAGGUCAGCUACACCCCUGCCGACAUUCAGGACAUCGCAUUGACACCUGUGACGUCUCAGGAAAUCAAACAGUAACACUCAUGGCCGGGACACAUUUAUUAAUUUAGAUCAUAUUCUUCAGCCAGGGUAGGAAGUCAAAACUGUGCACUCAAAUAAAUGUGCUGUUAGUGACUUUUACAUAAACCUGUUAGCAAAUAUGCCAACUUAUGUUCACAGUAAUUCCCAUUAUUUCAAA